AUGGCGGCAGAACUUGCCCUCCUUAAACAGCCCGUCGCUCUUCGCCCAGAACACAUCGCCUCGGCCCCCACCACACUCCGCAUAAAACACGCAAAUCGGACCGGGGUUGACUACAAAGUCACAACCGUCGCACCUGAGGCCAGCUCUUCCAAAGACUCAGAGUCAACGGUGCUGUUCACCGUCGACGGCGAAUUCGCAUCAUGGAGUCAGCGACGGGUCUUCCGCGAUGCCAAUGGUCUUCCCCUAUUCAAUCUCCGUCGGAAAUCGACUGGCGUGACAUUUUUCAUUGAGAUCCCCGGUGAUGAGGACCGUCCGCUGGCUACGUUUGCGCCCAGAUCAAGUGUUUUGAAGGACAAAUGCGACAUCUAUCUUGCAAAUGCUGCUGCGGACGGAGAGGAGGUGAUGCUGGAGGUGCGCGGGCAAGAUAUCUGGAAGAGGUGGACACAUGUCUAUUUCAACGGUGCUCUGGUUAUGAGGACGAAGUUGGCGGAUAUGGUCGCCGUGUAUGUACCAGGAAAGCGCAUUUCAUGGGAGGCAGAAGUCGCAGAGGGCAUGGAUCUUUCGCUGGCAACGGCCAUCACGGUUUUCCUUGCUGAAAAUCUGUAUAAUUCCAGUUAUCCGUCGUCGUACUCGUCCAAUACUAAGAAACCGGAGGAUGCUGACCCGACAGAUACUGUUCAUAUAGCGCCUACUAAAUGA